AUGUGCGACACGGAAUUAGAACGGCUUAAACUUUGCGCGAAGCCCUCGACUAGGGAGGGUGAAAAGUUCGCGGUGAGCACGUCCGUCAUCACAAAGCGAAAAUACCUCGAGCACGUCAAAGGCUACCCUCCUCGUGUCAAGAGUUCGCCGUCAUGGCCACCGCCAAAUCCGAGGAUUUUCCCGAAGGCCAACAUGUACUACGCUUUCAACGAGGACACCAAUCCGUUCACUCGCGUUUCUGGGUUCAUGGAAACAGUUUGUAAUUGCUUGGGGCGUGGUGAGGUUCAGCCUCACUUUCCGCCGCCACUGGAUCCGUUCUCUGAUCGUGAUCCUUACUCGGAAGAGGAAGCCAGGUGCAAGCAGCUGCUCACCGAGCCCGUCUGCUUUGCGAUUUUCGGAAAGCCGCGCCUUAACAGUACUAAACUGGCCAAGAUGAUCGCGAAGUUCUGGAACUGCGUCCUGAUAUCACCCGAGUGCCUUCUCAGGGAGGAAAUCGAGGCGAACACCGACAAAGGGCGCUGGAUCAAGCAGGUGUUAAGAGUUGGACGUAGCGUCGGACCGGAAGUUGUGAUGAAUUUGGUCGAGUCGAGGCUCAAAGAAAGAGACAUCAUGCACCGAGGAUAUGUCGUCGAGGGACUUCCUCUGAUUCCGAACGAUCCCGACCUCGACUAUGCCGCCUAUCCAAACCCAUCAUCCGUUCAAAUUCCGUUCACCCCGACGAAACAGGCCUCUUUCGUCUCGGCGAAAGUCGACAGCGAGAAGAGCGAAGUCGACGACAGCUUGGGCAGUGAGUUGGAAGAGGAAAUAAGCGAGAUUGCGGAGGAGGAACUUCCGGAGAAUGAAGAAGACCUCACUUCGGACAGCUCGAGAAGCUACGAUCUUGCAAGGAAUCCGUUCGCCACCGAGUCUCUGCGCAUGAUACUGCGCGACGAUUAUCAAUGGGACAUCGGGAACCAGAUACGGGAUAUCUUUAGCACCUGGCCAUUAAAGCCUGGUGUUGUUAUAUACGUUGUGUGUCCGGAUCCCGACGUGAUUCAGAGACGUGGUCAGUUCAGGGUGGAUCCUUACUCGGGCGACACAAUCGACACCGGGCUUUGGGAAGCGAGAGAAAAUUGGAAAGGUCCGUCCUCCGGAUCGGACGAUGAAGAGAUGAUUGAGCUCGAGCGAGAAAUUGCGAGUGAGCAAGCGCUCAUUCAUGAGGAUCUGAAGAAGCAUCUGGUAACGCGAUUGUCGGAUAUGCGAUCGAACGUCGAAGUCCAGUGUAGGAUUUUUGAGCAGUACGCUUUGCCCUGCAUAGAGAGAUUCGUUCUCGCCCACAAUCCUCAGCACGUGAUUCGUGUCGAUGGUCGCACUUCGGCCUCGCGCAUGUUCCAAGUAGUUCGAGUCAGACUGCGGACUUUGCAGUUGCCCAGGGUUAUCUUGCCGAAAAAGAUGUUCGACGUGGAUGAGCGCGAUUCGGUGGUUGGUGGCGAAGAGACUCCGCAGUCCUCGAACGACAAUGAAUUCGAAGGAAAAGACAAGCAGGAAGUCUUUCAACAGCUGCGAUACAAAGGCGUGGUAGCGUCAAGGUUCCGCUGGACGUUGUCCAAGUGGAAAUUCACGUGCCCCGUCGCUCUUUCCAAGGGCCGGAGAAUCGAAGGAAGUCCCGCAAACGCGGUUCGGUUUAUGAACAAGAUGUACUUCAUGUCGAGCCCCGAAGCAGCGAGAACGUUCGUUGAAAACCCGCGACCCUUCUUGCUACCACCUAAUCCGAAACCGGUAUGCAAGAUUUUUGUCUACGGUCAGAAACAAUCGGGAAAAACAAGUCUUUCCGAGUUCUUGGCGCAAAUCUAUGGAGGAAAGUUACUCGAUCCACAGGCUAUAGAAAAUCGCGAGAUGGAUCAUCGGAGAAAUUCGCUUAUCCGGAAAGCUGUUGACGAAAUAUGCGGCGAGGUCAUCGACGAGGUAAAUGAAAAUCUAGAGAACGAAAGGGAUGAACGAGAAGUUGCGAGAAUCGCGGCUUUGAGAGGUUGGUGCACGGAAGCUCAAUUGGUGGCUGGAAGGCUGCUUCAACUUCUUAAAAAUAAAUCUGCCAAAGAAGAUUACGAACACGAAAAAGAUCUUGCAGAGAUGCGGGACGAGAUUGCCAAGUAUAAUCUUACUUCUCUGCUCACGGACUUCGAACUCUGCCAACGAGUAGUGGGAGAUAAAAAUAUUCUAAUGGACUUUGCGCCGACGGCAUUGAUUUACAUGGAACCUCCGAUACGUGAAUUGGACGAAUACGAUCCGGAAGUUGCUGCAAUUUUGGUGGAGCGAACUGAAAAAGUUCGUCAAGAGAAAGUCGAGCUCGCUGUCGAAGACGUUGGCAAAUUAAUCGCAGCCAACAUAAACGCUGCACAAACUGCGCCCAAUUUUUUAGGUUUGGCGGAAUCCGGCUGGGUGGUUGACGGAAUGAACGCAAAUGUUGAGCUGCUUGAAAAAGUGCUAGAAAAAGGCGUGGAAGUUGAAGAAAUUAUCGUUCUUCACGAGGCUCAGCCGUACGAGUACUUGAUUAAAAAAUGGCGUCAGAAUUAUCGGGACGAGAUUGCCAAACAGAGGCUUACGGAAGCUGAGAGUGAGCUGGGAGAAGAAGGAGACCAAGAACGAAAAUCUGAAAUCUCUGGAGAUGUUGAUAAGCUAGAUGACACAGAAGGAGAUUUUGAAGGUCAACCUUCAGAAAGUUCCAUUACAGUGAAUUCGGAAGAUCGAGAACUAACCGAAUACAUCGAUGCCCUGAAACAGUUCGAUUCAAUCUGGGAGAUAAUGAGGGAAAAACUACUGGAGAAGGGCUUAAGAAUUAUAGAUGUGAAACUGUCUGCCACGAUAAAUGUAGAAAGUUACGUGAAACAAGAAAUUGACGAUCAUUAUCGAUUCGAAGCGACCGUUAUGACCGACGAAGAGAAAGACAGAGAAGCUGAAGAGGCAAACCUCGUUGAAGUGUCCUCAGAUGUCGAGGAACUCGCGGAGGAGGAAGAGGAAAUAGCGGAAAAACCAUCAGAGCAAAAAGACAACCGCCGAUUGGGUGACACUGGAGUUUUUUGUCCUGUCGCGCUGCGCAAGCAUAACGUAUUAUGGAAAGGAAAAGACGAAUUCAGUGCCAUGUUCAUGGACAAAAUUUAUCUGCUCUCGAGCCAAGCGGCUCUCAACGAAUUCGUGAAUCAGCCUCGUGAUUUUGUCCCAUGUCGAAGGCCCAUGGAACCAGUUCCCUUGCCUAGAGUUUCAAUCGUAGGACCACUUGGAUCUGGAAAGUCUACGCUGAGCAAC